AUGGGAAAGGUCACUCUAGUACCUCGAUCCGCUGGUCCACACGUCACAACCUUCGACACACUCCUUUUCAACACUAUCAACGUGUUCCCCAUGUUUCCUCUUUUCCUAUUCACCAACAAAAACCUAGACCUGAUCAACACGCAUAUGCCCGAGCUGAAACGAGUGAAAAUCUCCCAUAUUAGGGGCAAACUACACAUUCUUGACCUCAAGGAGAUAGCCAAGUGGGUCAAAGAGGCGGGUGGUAUAUUCUGCGAUGAGGACCUCAACUUCAUCCAAUGGAGUCAGGCAGUGAAGAACUUCUACCAGUUCAAAUGCCUAAGAGAUGAAGAUCUGGGAAAGGAGGCCCCUCAAGCUCUCUCUUAUGUUGAACACUUUGCAUUCUUCCUGAACCAACAGGACUCUGAGGACUUUUUUGCAUACUGGCUCAAGGUUGAAGUCAAGCUCCGAAAGGAGCAUCAAUCCAAGCUAUAUGCUUUCGACGGCAAUAUGUACGAACAGGAAUGGACACUCGUCUACGUGGAACGAAUCUCAGACUCCAAAUACGCUUCAUCCUCUCUCAUCUCCCCUCCAACGCAGACUCCAUCCUCCUCAACUUCGAAAGCACCCUCGUGUAAACCGGAAGCCCCACCUGCAACAAGCAAACAGCCCUUUUAA